AAGAAAUGAAAGUGUAAGGAGAAUGGGAGGCAUCCAAUGCCAGACAUUGAGGCGACAAGCAUUAGAGAAUCUCAACAGCCUUCUUGCCCCUGUGUUCCCAAACUGCCAUACCCUGCUGCAGCCUGAGUGGUGGAGAGAAACUGAACUGAACUGGUGGCACUGACAGAGUUACACACUGUCCUGUAUUUAUCCUGGGGCCUCACACCUCAGAGGACUGGAGGAAGACUUAUGAACUGAUCCUUCUUGCUCUGAGAACUAGAAUGGUCUCUAAUGACAAGAGGAACUAUUCUGCCAGUUCACAGAUGAGGCUACUUUGCUACAGAGGAAAAUAAGCCAUUCGUCCAACUUAAAAAGUGAGGAAGUUUUGGAACCAGAAUUUUCCUGAUGUGGAUAAGCUUGUGAAAGCAGAGGGAGAGUCUGAACGAGGGGGAUGGUGGACAGUUGUCUCCUAAAACCUCAAUAGAAAGUCAUGGAGAUGAUAAAGCUGCUUCAGACUGGCCUCCAGCUCAGACUGAGAUGCUGAUCUCAUCAUUGCCCUCCCCACUGGAGUGGGAUCCUGAAAUUGGGUUGUAGUUUAACAGUGAGCUCCAUGGCAACCUUAAACUCCAGUAGUACCCUGUCCUCCACGUUCUAUCUCACAGGUAUCCCUGGCUAUGAGGAAUUUCACCACUGGAUAUCCAUUCCAUUCUGUGUCCUCUACCUUGUUGGAAUAAUGGGUAACUGCACCAUCCUGCAUAUUGUCCGGACAGACCCCAGGCUCCACGAGCCCAUGUACUACUUCCUGGCCAUGCUCUCCCUCUCUGACAUGGGCAUGUCCAUGCCCACAAUGAUAUCACUCUUCAGGGUGCUGUGGUCCAUUUCCAGGGAAAUCCAGUUCAACACCUGUGUGGUCCAAAUGUUUUUUAUUCACACUUUCUCCUUCACAGAAUCGUCUGUGCUCUUGGCCAUGGCCUUUGACUGCUAUGUGGCUAUGUGCCACCCUCUACGAUAUGCUACCAUUCUCACCCCAAGACUUAUCACUAAAAUUGGAAUUGUAGCCCUGCUUAGGAGUGCCUUUGCCAUGACUCCGAUUCUGGUCCGGCUGGCCUUCUUUCCUUUCUGCCACUCCCACAUCCUUUCUCAUUCCUAUUGUCUGCACCAGGACAUGAUUCGCCUUGCCUGUGCUGACACCAUGUUUAAUGUUAUAUAUGGGUUGAUUCUGGUCAUUGUGCUGUGGGGCAUGGACUCUCUGGGUAUUUUUGUGUCUUAUAUGUGCAUCCUUCACUCAAUAUUAAGAAUUGCAUCACGUGAGGGGAGGCUUAAGGCUCUCAACACGUGUGCAUCCCACAUCUGCGUUGUACUCAUCCUUUAUGUGCCUAUGAUAGGGCUUUCUAUUGUCCAUCGUUUUGCCAAACACUCCUCCCCACUCAUCCAUGUCUUCAUGGCUCACGUCUACUUAUUGGUUCCACCUGUGCUCAAUCCCAUCAUCUACAGUGUGAAGACCAAGCAGAUCUGCCAAGGAGUCCUCCACCUGCUUUUCCCCACAAAAAUCAGUUCUGCUAUGAUGUAGGCAUGUCUUCAAGGCAAUGAUGGCAUCAACUAAAUGGUUUAAACACAUACUGAUUUGUGUGCUCUAGGUAUGUUGGCAUCAUAGUUACCACCAAAAGAGUAAAGAACAGAAAUAGAACCAACAGAGCAUCUUGAGAAGUGUCUAUAGAAGAGUUGUUGUCCAUUGGGACUAUACAGCUUGACUUAACAUGUACUUCAUAAAUUCUAUUAAAUAUGAAUAUGUUGGAGCGGAGUGUGGCAGAAAUCAUUUCCAUCUAUUCCCUUCCAUGUCUAAUUCCAACCCUUUCCAAGGUCAUUUAUCUGUUAAUUUUUCAUUAAAUAUGUUA